AUGGACGCGAAGAAGUUCAAGCAGCACAAGAUUGCUACCGAGAGCCUGAUUGCCCAGAUCAAGAGCUUCAUCGCCGCGGACACCAAGUUCAGAAUCUACCAUGGCGACACCAACAGCACUCGCCCCAGCACCCGCAAGGCUUCCGAGGUUCUUGACAUUAGUUACUUGAACAACGUCAUCAAGAUCGAUGAAGCCAAGAAGAUCGCCGUCGUCGAGCCUAACGUCUCGAUGGACGCCCUCGUCACCGCCACUCUCAAGCACGGUCUCAUUCCCAAGGUUGUCCCUGAGUUCCCCGGCAUCACUGUCGGAGGCAGCUUCUCUGGCACCGCUGCCGAGAGUUCCUCGUUCCAGCAUGGCUACUUUGACCAGUCCGUGAUCUCAGUCGAGAUCAUCCUCCCCGACGGUCGUCUCAUCAAGGCCUCCCGCGAGGAGAACCCCGACCUCUUCAACGGAGCCAUUGGAGCUUGCGGUACCCUUGGCGUCUGCACCUUGUUCGAGAUUCAGCUCGUUGAGGCUCAUCGCUACGUCGAGCUUCGCUACAUCCCUGUCCACUCCAUCUCGGACGCCACCGAGAAGCUGAAGCUCUACACCGACAACGUCUCGUUCGUCAACUUCGUCGAGGCCAUCCUCUUUGGCCCUACCAGUGGUGUCAUCAUCCUCGGCACUUUCACUGAUGAUGCCAAGAAGGGCGUUCCCAUUGUCCGCUUCAGCCGCGCUCAGGAUCCCUGGUUCUACCUUCACGCCCAUGAGUCCAUUGCCCACGCUCGUCACACCGAUUGUGACACCUGCACCUACUCUAAGGCUCGCGACCCCUGCGCCAAGGGCACCGUCGUCGAGCUCGUCCCUGUCAAGGACUACCUCUUCCGCUACGACAGAGGCGCCUUCUGGAUGGGAACGUACGGCCAGAAGCCGGCGUUGUUCAACCGCUUCUCGCGCUUCUUCAUGAACCCCCUCAUGCACACUCGCAACCUGUACCGCACGAUGCAUCAUAGCGGUCGCUCCCAGGCCUUCAUCGUCCAGGACUUGGCUAUUCCCCAGGAGACCAUUGAGAAGUUCCUCAAGUGGGCCGACGACUCCCUUCACGUCUACCCCAUGUGGCUCUGCCCCAUCAAGGCCAAGACCGAGGCCACCCUCCAUCUCGCCAACGGUCUCAACACUGAGACCGUCAUCAACGUCGGUCUCUGGGGUCUCAAGACUGCCUCCUGGCCUCUGGACGAGAGCCCCAUUGGUGCCGCCGCAUUCAAGCGUUUCAUCGAGGAUAACCGCAACAUCGAGAAGAAGGUUCGCCAGCUCGGUGGCCUCAAGUGGCUCUACGCUCAUCACUACUACACCGAGGAGGAGUUCUGGGCCAUUUACGGCAAGGAGAAGUACGACGACCUCCGCAAGAAGUACGGUGCCGAGGGCCUUCCCAGCAUCUGGGACAAGACCAACAAUGCCGCCGGCGACUACGUCGAGAAGGCUCCCUUCUGGAAGGCCGUCAUGCUCACCAUCCUCGGCCGUGACCACUUGCUCAACUAG